CCGCGCGCUAUUACGACAGUGACUCUGUGAUUUUUCCCGCCGCCAUAUAUUAUUUAAUUCAACAAUAAAGAUGCAGACGUGGUUGGUGGUGGCGUUCGCGGCGGCGCUGGCGUGCCUGGCGCACGCGCAGAAGCCCGGCCGCUUCCUCUCGCUCCCCGUGCCCGAGAAAUGCGCUAACAGACCAAAGGAAUUCUUCUACCGAGGACAUAACUACUUCUACAGCGGACACGUGCCCGCGCUAGCCAACAAGAAGAUGGACUGGCUGGAUGGCCGCAACCUCUGUCGCGAGUACUGCAUGGACCUGGUUUCCAUGGAGACGCAGGAGGAGAACAACCUCAUCUUCAAGCUCAUUCAGCAGAAUGACGUGCCCUACAUCUGGACGUCCGGUCGCCUCUGCGACUUCAAGGGUUGCGAGGGACGCAAGGAUCUUGAACCUAAGAACAUCUUCGGGUGGUUCUGGUCCGCCAACCGCGAAAAGGUCUCGCCCACCAACAGGAUCCCCAACGGCUGGGGCUACAACCCGUGGUCGCAGACCGGGCACAAGAAGCGGCCGCAGCCCGACAACGCCGAGUUCGACAUCAACCAGACCGCCGAGUCCUGCCUCUCCGUCCUGAACAACGUGUACAACGACGGCAUCGCGUGGCACGACGUCGCCUGCUACCACGAGAAGCCCGUCGUCUGCGAGGACUCCGAGGAACUCCUCAACUACGUCGCCAGCACCAACCCGGGGCUCCGUCUGUGAUCAACCGCCGUCUAAUUUAGUUAUUUAAAUCUCUGUUACCGUAAUCACUCUGUGAUCACACUAUAACAUGUUUAGAGGCAAUUUUAAUUCUACUUAAACCCAAUGUUUUCAAAUGUAGCAUUACUGUGAGCCAUGCCAACUAAUAUUUAGUUAUUUAAAUCUCUGUUACCGUAAUCACUCUGUGUGAUCACAUGUUUAGGGGCAAUUUUAAUUCUACUUAAACCCAAUGUUUUCAAAUGUAGCAAUUUUGUGAGCUACUGUAGCCAUGCCAACUAAUAUUUAGUUAUUUAAAUCGGAACCUGUUACCGUAAUCACUAAUGUUACUGUGAUCGCACUGUAACAUAUUUAGGGGCAAUUCUACUUACAACCUGUUUUGAAAUAUAGCAUUAACUGUGAUCCAAACCACUGUAGCCCUGUUAAGCUUUUCAUAGAAUUCAUAGGAUGAUUAAAGGCCCUUUUACAUUGACCAAAUUUCCAUACCAGGUGACAUCGAAAUCCCAGCACCACUGCCUGUUUUACAUCGUACAAUAUUUUGUACAGUAAAUUUAAUUUAAGUAUCAAAUAAGUUGAAUUUAGUGUAUCACCUUAGGGACGAAUUUUUAUUUGUAUAUAAAAUAAAAUUAAGAAGAU